AUGGACGGACCACGACGUCGUGGAGAAAAGGUGGGAGACAAGACGUUUGGUCUCGGGAAGUCUGCAGAUUUUGUCAAAGCUCGAGAAGUCACAGGAGGCCCCAACGACACGUCCACAGACCUCUACUUCUACCACGGAGUGUACACCGCGCUCACUGUGGAGGCAGUGCUGCUGGAGAUCAGGCAGUGGAUGGACGCUCACCCCCGGGAGGUGCUCAUCCUCUCCUUCAGUCACUUCCUGGGCCUGAGCCCGGAGCUGCACAUGCUGCUGAUCAGCACCAUCCGCAGCGUGUUCGCCUCCAAACUCUGCCCCAAAACGGAGGUGUUGACCCUGCGUAACCUGUGGGCCCGGGGCGGUGUCAUCGUGUCCUAUGAACACGUGCUCUCCUGCAGCAGCGCCGACCUCUGGCCUCACAUCCCGUACUGGUGGGCCAACAAGUGCCGAGCCGAGGAGCUCAUCCAGGAGUUCGAGAGCCGCAAGCAGAGCGGCAGGCCAGGGGGUUUCUUCGUCACAGGCAUGAACCUGACGGAGGACCUGAAGUACAUCUGCACCCACCCCACAGAGUCCCUGAAGGACCUGGUGAUGUCCACCUACCCCCCCCUGCUCAGCUGGGUGCAGCAGCAGAGCCCCGGCUGUGGGGAGGGCUCGCUCAACAUCAUCGCCGGAGACUUCGUCACCGAGAGCGGCUUCGUGCCCACCGUCGUCUCUCUGAACGAGAAACUGCUGAAACACUCCUCAUGACUGCUCUCCAAUAAUUAAACACACACACACACACACACACACACACACACACACACACACACACACACACACACACACACACACAUGGGAAGAACCACGGCAUGUUUAGUGGCAGAGAACGGACUUGAAUUAUUAUUUUCAAUAUAAAAUGCACUGAUAAGGAGGAUGUAUAUUUUAGACUUUUUAAUAUUUCCACUUUUGUUUACAUUCACUAUUUAUGCAAAUGUACUCCUGUAUCAGAUUUCACGAGUCGCCAGAGUUUUAUGUUACCAGAGCAAUAAUAGUAAUAACAACAACAACGCAACUAAUCUCACCUUUUACUUUUUAAGUAAGCACAAGCGGUAUUCAAGCAGCACAUGUGAUUGUAACGUAGGUCACACACUUUUAUAAAUCUGACGUGUCGGCAGCAGCUAGGUAUACUGUAUUUAUCCUCAGAGAACGUAGAGUAGACUUUACACUCAUGCAAAAUGCAUGGAAAACUUAUUUGCAUGAAUCCAACCUCUGACUGUUUUACUCACUCAACAGGUGAGGCCUUGUUUUAAAUAAUGCUGCGCCGCUGUGCCUGUGGAGAUGAGCUUUUCAAAUAAACA